GUUCUUACGGGAUGUUAUUUUACGCUGCUGGAAAGUUAACGAGGGAAGUUUUUUGGCUAGUCGUCCCGGUGAAGUCUCAUCACCAGGCGGACGGGUUGAGCGCGAGAGUCUAUUUGGGGGUGUGACAGCACUCUACAUACAGCUGUGCCGGGCUUGUUUAUGAGUUGAACAGGUUGCUAUACGGAGCGGUGAGGGACGGGAUACACACCGGCAUGGUCCUGGGACGCACACAGGCGCUGACCGGCCGCCUUGACGGGGGAUUUGCUGCCCAGAACCGCUGCCGAACGCGAGCCGAGUGAGCUCCGAGCCGGCGCGAGCGCUUCGAUGUUUUGUUGACAUUCAUUCAUCAAACAUGGCAACUUCGAGAAGUAGCUUCUGUAUGACAUGAAUGACAAACAGGACAGGCCUUAUGUGUGCGGCGCCCCAGGCUGCUCUCAGCGCUUCCAGUUAGAGGAGCAUCUGAUCAUCCACAGACACAAGCAUGAGAUGACCCUCAAGUUCCCCUCCAUCAAGACGGAUACAGCUUUUACAGACGACACUCCGACGCCAACCCGAUUCCUGCAGAACUGUGAAGAGGUUGGUCUAUUCAAGGAGAUAGAGGAAGAGUUUCUUCAAGCCCAAGAAGAGGAAAAGAGCAAACAGACGCUUUCUCACAAUGGGCCGUCCUGUAUGAACCAGCUCAAGCCCCAGCUCCAGCUCCAGCACCCACAUCCCCAGCCACCGCUGCACCAUCCCCAGACCCAUCCCCUGCAGCAUCCCCAGUCUCAUGGCACCAUGAUGGGUCCCAGCUGCAGCCUGGCUGCCCAGCAAGCUCUGUCUUCCUCCCAGUCUGGAUCAGUCAUCACCCAGGCUCCUUCCACGCUCACACACUCAGGGCCGGUUCCCGGGCCACUCUCCUCCCUCCUCCACAUGCGGAACAGACACAGACAACCGCUGCCAGCCUCCUUACCUGGCACCCUGCCAGACCCCGCCAUGCAAGGGGCAUCUGCUCAGCACAUGCCCAUGGAGAAGCAGAUGUCCUGUAUAAUGGGUAUACCAGGUCCUGUACACAACCCCUCCUGUUCCUCACCUCAGAGAUCCAAACAGACGCUGGGGCAUCAUUUCCAACAGCACCACCCAGGAAUGGUUGCCAUCAACAACCCUGUGACGUCCAUGGGCCACAUGAUGGAGAUGAUGUCGCAGCGCCAUCAAGCACCUCCGCUACAGCACCACCAUCAUCCUCAGCAUCAUCAUCAUUCGGCUCCACCCCUCACCUACCAACAGCGGUGCCAUGCUCCACCUCCGCAGCAUCUGGGAAGCGCCCACAGCCACCAGCUUCACCAGUCAGCGAAUGUACCACACGCUCAGGCUCACCAAUCACCGCCUCCCCACCUGCACCAGGGCUCGCCUCCUGCACCUCCCCUGUCUGUUCCAGCACAGUUAUCUCCAGUUGCACAGCAGAUGCAGCCCUCCCAGCCAUCCCACUCCCAGCAUGCAGUGCAGGCAGGUGGUAGCUGCAGCGGUGGAGGAGGAGGAGGAGGAGGAGGUAGCCGUCGCAGGAGGACAGCGGAGCAUGACCCUGAUGAACGCAGGCAGAAGUUUCUGGAACGAAACCGGGCUGCAGCCACCCGCUGCCGGCAGAAGAGGAAACUGUGGGUGUCAUCGCUGGAGAAGAAAGCUGAAGAGCUGACGCACACAAACCUGCAGCUACAGAACGAGGUGACGUCGUUGCGGUCAGAAGUGGGGCAGCUGAAGCAGAUUUUGCUCACCCACAAGGACUGUCCUGUCACAGCCCGGCAGAGAGAGGCACAGGGGUACCCCACUGCAGGGGUGAGCCCAGGAGGAAGUCCCACCCCUGUAGGUCCUGGGUCUCAACUUCAGGCCAUCCAACACAACAGCAUCUCCACCUCCUCGACAGUCGGAGGCGACACAGGGCAUGACCCCCACCCUGGACGCUAGCCCUCGCCGUACAGAGGAGGGGGUGGGGACAGGAUGGCUCAAUAUGACCAGACUGAAUUAUUUUUCUGUCAUAACUACACUAAAGUCUCACUCAGCUGUGGAUCCGUGUCUCUUUACAUUGUAGACGAAAUACUGAACUGGAUAGGUGAAUUAUAAAUUCAUGUGAACACAACAUUAUUAUCAUAUUUUCUGGUUGGAGAGGAGACCAGAACCACAUACUGAUACAUUUCCAUAACAGGUGCAACAACAACCUUAUCUGAGAGCCUUGUUAAAAACUGUGAUGGUAACAUGGCAACUGGAUCCUGUGUUUAUUCAGAAAAUGUCUGUUUCUGUCCACAGCAUUCUAACCAUCUUGAAUCUUGAAUCUUGAAUUGCCUGCUGCCCGCUGGCUAUGCACAUACACAGUUACAACACAUCCUGUCAGUAUCUUUUGCUCUUAUAUCUUGCACUAAUUUUGAAAAAGCAAACCCUAUGUAUUAGUUUUAUAUUUCUAACUGAGCAUCUGUGAGUGCACACCGUAUGCCUUCUCUUUAAAGCAGAAGCAGCUUCUCAACUGUAUUUUUCUACAAUUAAUUAUUAAUUAAUUAUUUCUACAAUUAAUGGUAAGAUUAAGAAGAAUGUUUAUUUUAAGAGUUCAAAUCAAACCCACGUCUCUCUUGGAAAGCCAUUUAAAAGGAUUCAAUGAUUGUACAGUAUUCAGGCACUGUUUUCUAACUGCCUCAAGACACUAAAGAACUAUAAGCUGCACCUCAUG